AUGGACUCACACAAGCAACUUUUCAUCCUCUUAUGCCUUUCUCUAGUUCUUGUACUUCUUUCAGGGCUGCAAGUUGAGGCCAAGCGUCACAUCAAAUACCAUCCUUCAAAAGAAUUGUUUGUUUUUGGGGACUCAUAUGUUGAUACUGGCAACACCCCAAAAACUAAACCUGGUUCAUGGAAACAACCUUAUGGCAUAACCUUUCCCGGAAAACCAGCCGGAAGAUUUUCUGAUGGAAGAGUUUUAACUGACUUCAUUGCAAAGUAUUUGGGAUUGAGAUCACCUAUUCCCCACAAAUUCAGGAAUAUUGUAGCUAAGAAUUAUUUGAAGUAUGGAAUGAACUUUGCAUAUGGUGGUACAGGUGUAUUUGAUACAUCCACUUCAGGUCCAAAUAUGACAUCUCAAAUUGAUUCCUUCAACCAACUUGUUCAAGAAAAUAUUUACACUCAAUCAGAUAUCACAAAAUCUAUUGCUUAUGUAUCUGUUGCUGGAAAUGACUACAAUCAUUACUUGGCCACAAAUGGCUCUCUUCAGGGUUUUCCAUCUUUCAUUGCCUCAGUGGUUAAACAAACCACCACCAAUUUGGUUCAUCUCCAAAGAUUAGGGUUUAAGAGAAUUGUUGUGGGUGCUUUACAUCCUCUUGGUUGUCUUCCUCAAUCUACUGCUCAAACAUCAUUCCAAAGUUGCAAUAGUACAUUCAAUGAUCUUGUGGCUCUCCACAACAAUCUGUUGAAUCAAUCUGUGACAAAGUUGAACCGAGAAACCAAAGAUCACACCACCUUUGCUAUUCUAGAUAUUUUUGACAGUUUUAACUCGGUGUUGAAUAAUCCUUCAAGACAUAACAUCAAGGAACGUUUGAAGCCAUGUUGCUUUGGAGUUAGUAGUCAGUAUAAUUGUGGAAGUGUGGAUGAGAAUAAUGUUAAGAAAUAUCUGGUUUGUGAAAAUCCAGAAUCAACUUUCUUUUGGGAUCGGUUGCACCCUACACAAGCUGGUUGGAAUGCUGUCUAUAAUGAGUUGAAGAUUAAAAGUCUUCAUCAAAUUCUAUACUAG